UCCCCAACUUUCUUAGUUGGCAUGGCACCAACACCAACCUCUCUAGUAUUCAAAGUACGAAGGUGUAAACCAGAACUGGUUGCUCCUGCUAAGCCCACACCCCACGAAUUCAAACAACUUUCUGAUAUUGAUGAUCAAGAGGGUCUUCGAUUUCAAAUCCCACUCAUACAAUUCUAUAAAUAUGAUCCCUUAAUGAAAGGUAGAGAUCCUGUGAGAGUCAUUAGAGAGGCACUUGCAAAAACACUUGUGUUUUACUACCCAUUUGCUGGUAGGCUUAGGGAAGGAACUGGCCGAAAGCUUGUAGUAGAAUGCACUGGUGAGGGUAUCAUCUUUAUUGAGGCUGAUGCUGAUGUUACACUUGAACAGUUUGGUGAUUCACUUCAACCCCCAUUUCCAUGUUGGGAGGAGCUCCUCUUUGAUGUUCCUGGCUCUGGAGGGAUCCUUAAUUGCCCAUUAUUGCUUAUUCAGGUGACACGUCUCAAGUGUGAUGGUUUCAUCUUCGCCCUUCGCCUCAACCACACGGUGAGUGAUGCCCCUGGAGUGGUGCAAUUCAUGAUGGCAGUGGGCGAGAUGGCACGUGGUGCAACUGCUCCCUCUCUCUUACCCGUGUGGCAGAGACAUCUCCUUCAAGCAAGGGAUCCACCUCAUGUGACAUGCACACACCGAGAGUACGACGAAAUGGUUGCGGACACCAUUGUUUCAAUCCCAGUUAUUGACAACAUGGCCCACCGUGCCAUUUUCUUUGGCCCUACUGAGGUGUCCACACUCAGGAGAUUCAUGCCAGAUCACUUGAAACAAUGCUCCACCUUCGAGUUGCUCACCGCAUGCAUCUGGCGUUGUCGAACCAUAGCUCUCCAUACAAAACCCCAUGAAGUGGUUCGUGUGUUGUGUAUUGUCAACGCACGUGAUAAAUUCAACCCUCCUUUACCCUCUGGUUAUUAUGGCAACGUUUUUGCGUUCUCUGUGGCACUCACAACUGCAGGGAAGCUUUGUGAGAAUCCAUUGGGUUACGCUGUGGAAUUGGUGAAGAAGGCGAAGGACAACGUAACAGAGGAGUACAUGCGAUCGGUUUCUGAUCUUAUGGUGAUUAAGGGUCGGCCCCACUUCUAUGGGGUGGGGUCGUACGUUGUGUCGAGUGUGGCACGUGCCAGAUUUGGAGAGGUGGACUAUGGGUGGGGUAAAUCGAUUUAUGGUGGGCCAGCCAAGGGUGAGGUGGGGGCCAUCCCUGGAGUGUCAGGCUUUCAAAUACCUGGUAAGAACAGUAAAGGAGAGAAUGGAAUAAUGGUGCCAAUUUCCCUGCCAGUCCAAGCCAUGGAAAGAUUCGUAAAGCAGUUGGAUUGUUUGUUGAAGGACCAGCAAGUUACUGAUAAGAAAUCCAAGUUUAUUGUCUCUAGCUUGUGAGCCCAAUUUACCAAGAGUUGGUAAAGUUUGAAUUUUAUAUUGUAGUAGAUUAGUGUUUAAGGAAAAAUCUAUUGCACACAAUGUGUAUAAAAGUGCAAAAAUACCCUAAAAACAUAACUUUAAGUCACGUUUUUAGUGUAUUUGGGUAGUGUGUAUUUGCACACACUGUGUAAUAAGCACCGCCCUAGUUUUUAUAGGGAGUACAGAGUAGUUAAUUUCAACUUUAAAUUCCAAUUUUUAUUA